UGCAACCCUCCAAGACCCAACUUCAACCAAACUACUUUUUCUUCACUUUAAACCGGCGUUAGAGAUUCCGUCCAGUUCUCCGAUCUCUUCUCCAGCGACUUUUGAACCUCUCUCGUUUGGAAGAUGGCAAUAGAAUGAGGAGCCAGAAGUGGCGAUCAUGUCCGUAUCGAUUUCCAACUGCUUCUCUGAUUUGCUCUGCCAGGAGGAUUCCUCCGGUGUCUUGUCCGGUGAAUCGCUGGGAUGUUCUUCCGACCUCGACUCCCCGGCCUGCGUCGAGGAAUCUAUCGCCGUCUUCAUCAAGGAUGAGCGUCACUUCGUCCCCGAUUACGACUGUUUGUCGCGCUUCCAAUCUCCGUCGCUGGAUGCGGCCGCUAGAUUAGACUCUGUUGCAUGGAUUCUUAAGGUUCAAGCCUAUUAUGGUUUUCAGCCGUUGACGGCGUAUCUCUCCGUCAACUACUUGGAUCGAUUCCUUUGUUCACGGCGUUUGCCGCAAACUAAUGGGUGGCCUUUGCAACUACUCUCUGUUGCUUGCCUCUCACUGGCUGCUAAAAUGGAGGAACCUCUUGUUCCUGCUUUACUGGAUCUUCAGGUUGAGGGGGCCAAAUAUAUAUUUGAACCCAGAACAAUAUGCAGGAUGGAAUUACUGGUGCUGAGGGUAUUGGAUUGGCGGCUGCGCUCUGUAACGCCGUUCAAUUUCAUUGCAUUCUUUGCUUGCAAGCUCGAUCCAUCUGGGGAUUUCAUGGGAUUUCUUAUUUCAAGAGCCACAGAAAUUAUAAUAUCAAAUAUCCGAGAGGUAAUCUUUCUGGAGUACUGGCCAUCGUGUAUAGCGGCGGCCGCCUUGCUUUGUGCAGCAAAUGAAGUCCCGAAUUUGUCUGUUGUGAAUCCAGAGCAUGCUGAAUCAUGGUGCAGUGGUCUAAGGAAAGAAAAUAUCAUCGGCUGCUACCGGUUAAUGCAAGAGAUUGUGCUUGAUAGUAGCCGAAUCGAGUCCCCCAAAAUCCUAUCUCAGUUUAGAGUGACAGUCUGCACUAGAAUGAGAUCCAGCGACUUAUCCCCCUACUCCUCUUCUUCCUCAUCUUCGUCAUCACCAAACAAAAGGAGAAAAUUAAAUCAGAGCCUCUGGGUAGAUGAUGACAAAGAUAACCCCGAAGAAUGAGGAGUCCCAAAUAAAGAGGUGGCCCAACUUUGUCCAAAAAAAAAAAAAAAAAAGAAGAAAAAAGGUAGAAUCCUCGAUAUUUUUUGGGAGGGUUUAGAUAAUAAGUUAACAUAACUAGAAUGGUGAGUGUUAAUUAUAAUAGCAUAUAGUGUAAAAGAAUCUCAGAGUUGGGGAUGAGCUGGGAGGUUUUAAUAAUUUAUUUAUUUUUCAUAAUGUUGGUGGGCAAUUGCCAUUCAUUAAUAUGGCUUUGCAGAUUCCCAAGGGGGGAAAUGGGAGGGGUUUGUUUGAUUUUGAGGGAAAUAGCGAGAUCGUUGAAUAAGUGGAGUUCAUAGAGCAGUGGAGUGGGACCUAUUUUUAGAAAUGAUGAAAUGGGCGGUGGCCAUAUGGGUUUCAAGUUCCAAGUUUGAAGUCAGAGCAAAAGUUUCCCAUCUCCAACCAACUUAUUUUGCUCCCCAAUGGAUGGGCAGUAAAUAGCUUGACAGGUGGCGCUCCAAUUUACGGCUUUGAAACGGUUGUGUAUGCCCACGCUUUUUGGUGCGUGGCAUGCUCUUGCGUGUGUGUGUGCGUGUAUGUACUGUACGUGGUCGAGUUCCCGCCCCUUCGGCUGGAAGUGCCUCUUUUUUUCAAUGGCGUUGAGCCUACUGGAGUUGUUUUCACAACUAUAUGACCUUGGUGGUCAUCGAUUUGUGAGUUCAUUCUCUUUUUUCUCCUCACUUUAAAUUUAUUUAUUUUUCACAGCCUGAGUUAGGUGGGAAAAAAUCCCAAAGUAUACGAAAGGUCUUUGGGGCCUUUGAGUGCUUGUUUGUAUUUGGUUUCAAUCAAUGUGAUUAAUUUCCACUCA